ACAGCACAGUCUCUCGUCUGGUAAACAUGUGUGCACUGUGCGGAGAUGUGCAAGUGUGGACGCGGUUCGGGUUUUGGCUCUGGCUCCGGCUUCGGCUGUGAUUGCGUUGCGAUUGCCAGUGCGACUCGGCUGGUUCGGUUCUUCUAACCUAACUAUGUAGUUUUUACUCUUUAGUAGUCGCCAGUCGCCAUCUAAUACGCUGUUGAUUCGAGCGUACGUAUGUAGUACUACGUACAUGUAUUCGUAUAGAUCUAUAGUGCCGCGACGACCGUCGACGUCGUCGUCGGCAUCGGCGUGAAAAUUUUUUCCUCUCUUUUGGUCAAAGUGUUUCUGAAUUUUCGUUCAGAUCGCGUCGUCAUGUCAAUUCUAACGUCCAGAUUCGUACUACCCAUUUAUUUAUUGGCUGUAUUUUAUUACUUCGUUAAGUUUUUCUUCAUUUUUACCGUGGUUGUGUUUACUUUUUUUGUAAUAUGUUCGUCGGCGUCGGUGUCGGCGUCCGCCGUCAAAGUACAAAACUCCUCGAGCAAAUUUGCGUCUCGAUUGAAGCACGAAGAACUGAUGAAAGGAGAGCCGAUGGUGGUGGUGGCGGUGGAUACUGCGAGCAAUCCUGCGCCAUCGACAUCGCCGCAGCAUCACUAUACUAAUACGUGGGUAUCGGAGAUUCAAGGCGAAUCGUACCAUGUUCACAAGAUUUUGGAAAGACAAGGUUACAUUAUUUUGGACGAGAUCUUUCCCAACACGUAUCAUCUGCACCAUCCUGCUGUGAAGAAAAGAUCUAUGGCUAAGGAGCAAUAUUACAGCAGUCAAUUGGAAGCGCAUCCUCAAGUACUGUACGUGCAGCAACAAGUGGCCAAAAAACGAAUCAAACGAGAUGUGAUAACGCUGUCCUUUCCAUCUAGCAAAUCCAGAUCGGAGAAUAAAACCGACUCUCGUGGAUCCAGAGUCCCGGAUGCGUUUCUGCAUAAACUCUUCGUAGCUAAUCCAUUUCCCAAGAACGAUCCCCAGUGGCGCCAAAUGUGGUACCUGAAUCGAGGCAGCGACAGAGAUCUAAACGUUUACGGAGCUUGGGAAAGCGGAUACUCGGGCUUGGGUAUUGUAGUCUCGAUAAUCGACGACGGCUUAGAGAAAGAUCAUCCGGAUUUGGUGGCAAAUUACGAUCCACAAGCGAGCUACGACAUCAACAGUAACGAUGACGAUCCUUCUCCUCGAUAUGAUUACUCCAACACUAACAAACAUGGCACCAGAUGCGCCGGCGAGGUGGCUGCUGUAGCCAAUAAUCACAGAUGCGGCGUCGGAGUAGCCUUUCGAGCCAGUAUAGGAGGUAUCAGAAUGCUGGACGGUGAUGUCAGCGACGCGAUAGAAGCACGAGCGUUGAGUUUCAAUAAUCAACAUAUCGAUAUAUACAGCGGAUCCUGGGGCCCCGACGAUGACGGCAUGACUGUCGAUGGACCUGGACCAUUGACCGUUCGAGCGUUCACUGAAGGUGUCUCAAAGGGUCGUGGUGGCAAAGGUUCCAUAUUUAUUUGGGCGUCUGGUAACGGGGGCCGAGAGUUCGAUAAUUGUAAUUGCGAUGGAUACACCAACUCGAUUUUCACGUUAUCUGUAAGCAGCGCGACCGAAUCUGAUAAAGUUCCAUGGUACUCGGAGAGCUGCGCCGCCACAUUGGCUACCACGUACAGUGGUGGAUCCACUUGGGAAGCUCAGAUUAGUACAAUAGAUCUGCACUACGAGUGCACCAGCAACCACAGCGGUACAUCGGCAUCCGCUCCACUGGCUGCAGGAAUCGUUGCCUUGACCUUAGAGGCGAAUACCGAGCUGACUUGGCGAGAUGUGCAACAUAUCGUAGUCGCGACAGCCAGACCCAAACCUUUGAAAUCCGCAGAUUGGAAGACUAAUGGCGCUGGCCGAAAAGUCAGUCAUUCUUUUGGAUUCGGACUGAUGGAUGCUGGCGCUAUGGUACAAUUGGCACGUAAAUGGAAAAAUGUCGGACCUCAGCUGAAAUACGAAACGUACCCCUCUGUCGAGAUUUCCAACAGGAUGAUUCCUCCGGAAGAUAGUAAAAUUUUCAAGACAUUUGUCACCCAAGCUAACAAGAUAAACAGUCUGGAGCAUGUUCAGGUACGAAUAUCGCUGGAGACGAAACGCAGAGGCGACCUAAGGAUAGCUCUGAUCUCUCCUAACGCUACUCGAUCCAUUUUGUUGACCAAACGAGAACGCGACCAUUCUUCCGAAGGAUUCCCCGAUUGGACUCUGAUGACGGUGCAUUGCUGGGGCGAAUCUCCGCACGGAAUAUGGAAACUGGAGAUUGGCAACGACGGUCGAUCUUAUGCCAAACUAGAACGUUGGACCCUCAUUCUGUACGGUACCGAAGAGAACCCCAUUGUCAAGAAUAAAUACGUCGUGACGAAAUCCGAAAAAAACACCACGAUGGCGGCCAAACACGUCGACGGCGUAGAAAACACUAACGAAAUCGCUAAAAUGCCCCUAAACUUGGAACGACUUUCGAUAAAUGACACUAAAUCGAAUAGCGUCAGUCGGAAAGCAUCCACCUAUUGGAUAGCAUUUCUCGUGUCGUAUAUUUUCAUCGUGUCGUGAAAUCUCUAACCUCAUUGGACUUGGAUCGAGUUCGCAUUUGGGUCACGAUGCGAUGGCCGUAGCAUUCGUGUAUUUUUCAUCAUUUUUACUUUUACCCCUUCAGUGCGGCGUGGCGUGGCUCUUGAAAUUAACGGCAAUUUACCCCGAAUGAAAGUCAUACGUAGCGAAACAGAAAGAUUGAGUGACGGUCAGACGGAGGCCGAAACGAAAUGACGCUGGCAGUAAAGUGAUAUCAGGCCAAAGGCCGGCUCGGCGUUCGGUAUGGUGACAAUCAACGCCAAAAAAACAGCUAUUCAUACUACAACAGUUAAAUUCAACAUAAAUAGCUUUAAAGUCUAGAUAAUGUAGAUAAGGCAUGUAGAGGUACAGAGGUGUACCUACUCCUGGGUAAAUGUAGAAAAAGAAAAAUAGAACGUAGCGUAGUUAGUUCAUAAUACCUAUGCGAAUGUGUACCUCCACCUACCUACCAACCUACCAGUGUCACAGAGUAGGCAGUGCCAAUGAACCUGGGUAAUCAGGUUGGUAGGACCAUAAGCAGCAGAUGGUACAGAACGGUUGCCGAUGGACGAUGGGUCAGGUGGCUGGCCAUUGGUCAGUGACCUCGGACUAGUACAUGGCUACACAAUACUAGUGUUUUGUACGGCGUCAAGUGCGAAUCUGCGCCAUCAGAUCAUUCCCUCGCAGUAGCGAGUAAUACUGUAUGCGCUAUGCGAUGUGCGGUGAUUGCAGUCAAUAGUGAAAUUUAAUUUCCAAAUAACAAACAAAAAAAUCACCAAAUUUUUAACGUUCCAUAUUUCGUUCAAAUAUACUUUUUAUUUGUGUCAA